AUGGAGGGCAAGACGGAGAUUCGAGCUGUGCCGCUGAGCGUUUGCCUGUCUGGCUUUGGGAGACACUUUCGGACGGCCAAUGGCAACAUGUAUUCAGCGAGCAAAGAUGACUUCCAGCUUAGCCGGUCGACCGAACGGAUUCAGGAUUUUAUCAGCCAUGACUGGCAGACUUCCAGACUGGACAAAGUGCUGUCAUUGCUGGUGGCCUUCAAUUUUCGCGCUGUCUUCAUUGCAACGACCUUUGUGAGUGGUCUUGCAGGUGUCGCUCGCGUCUAUGGACUCCUGAUCAAUCACUGGACCUCCAUUUUCCUCGGCUACGCCACCUUUGUACUCACUUUGUGCUUUUGGCAACAGAUUCGCGGCCUCUUCGGAAAGAGUCGCUUGGUCUUCCUGGAUUGUCUUUGCAUUCCCCAGCACGACGAAGCAUUGAAGCGACAAGGCAUCCUGGGCCUGGCGGCCUUCCUACAAUCCUCCGAGAGGCUUACCAUUCUAUGGUCGCAGCACUGGAUCUCGCGUCUUUGGUGUGUCUUCGAACUAGCUGCUUUUCUUAGGGCAGAGCAGGGUGUGCGCAAGCCCGUUCACUUGGUGCCGGUGAAAACGGCCAAAGUUGUGGUCUUGCAGUGCCUUUGCUGGAUGUUGCUGUCAGUCAGCUAUGAGUUGAUCAAGGAAGUGACACAGGCAGACGUUCACACCUCAGUGGAGAGCGAUGAGGAUGCCACGCUCGUGCUUUUGCAGCUGGCGCUUCUGCUGAUUAUUUUUACUGGCAUUGUACUCUUUAUCCUUCCCGCCAUGAUUUACAUCGGGCUUGGGAUUACACAUGAGAUCAGCGAGCUGAAUGCCCAGUUGGCUCGGUUUCGGGUGCAAGACGUCCAGUGCUUUUGCUGUUCAAUUAAUCAUCGCCACCCCUCUACGCAGGCAACAGUUCCAUGCGAUCGAGAGUUAGUGCACCGAAUGCUGCGCCAGUGGUUUUCUUCGUCCACCACGAAUUCAUACUUGGACACUUUCAACGGGGUUUUUCAAGAAGAGCUGUCGUCUCGCUUGAACCAUUUGGUGGGCGACAUCAACAACAUCUUGCCGGUCGGCUGGGUGCUGAAUGCAGCCUUUGCUUGCAAUAUGCCUUGGCUCACAGACUUUAUUCCGUGGUGGGUCAACUCCGAGCUGACCGGAUCGGCGUGGUGGCUUUGGUUUCUACGUGGUGUCAUGCUCUGGACACACAACACGCUGGUUCUGACAGCAAUGAUGCGUAUUUGCGUCUAUUUGUGGGUGCUCUUUGCCGCUGGAAGGGCACACAAAAGCAGACUGGUGGUUACUUUGGUGCAGGUCCCGCUCAUGUUAGUCAUUGCAAUCAUUCUGUGGUUGCCUUUCAGAAUCCUCUACGUCAUGACGGAUGAGGGAAUCUCCUGGUCGCAGUGCCAUAUGCCUUGCAGAUGUGCUGAAUACAGAUGA